UGAGGAGCAGCGGCGGAGUGCGGAGCCGCCGGGAACCGAGGGCGCCGGGCCGCCCCCUGUCCAGUCGUCGCAGGCCGCCAGGCCCCCUCCAGCCGGGGCCGUGGAGCACCGGGGCAAAGGCCGGGGCCCCCCCAUGAAGGAGCGCGACGCGGGCCCGGCCGAGCGGGGCAAGCCGGCCACCUACACCGGGGACAAGAAGGCGAAGAUGGCGGCCAAGACCAACAAGAAGUGGGUCCGGCUUGCCACCGUGUUCGCCUACGUGCUCUCCGUGUCGCUGGCCGCCAUCGUGCUGGCGGUCUACUACAGCCUCAUCUGGCAGCCGGUGGGCGCCGGGACUUCUGGGGGAGCCGCGGGCCCGCCUUCCGGCGGCUCCAACGCCACUGGCCCGUCCGGGACUUCGGGGGCGGCGGCCGCCGGGCCCAACGGCACCCGGUCGUCCCGCCGUGAGGCGCCGCGCGACGCGCCCCCGCUGCAGGCGGCGAGGCCGGAGCCCCCGGAACCCCCUGCGGACAGUCCCCUGGCUGGGCCGCUAGAUCGUCCGCGGAGCGCGGAUGAGGAGGAGGAGGCAGAGGCGGCGCCCCGGAGUCACUGAGUCCCCGCACCGGGGGCGGCAGGGAGCCAUACUCCCCAAGCUCGGAGGCUGGACUUUGCAGCAGCACGGGGCAGGAGUGACUCCCCCGGAGUGAACGGCCCCCCAAACACACACCUAUGAUCGCCAGCUCACCCGGAGCCGGUGGCCCGCAACCGGAUCUUCAGGGACCACGAUUCGCCAGGGACUGGGGUUUGAUCUUCCCAGGACCAUGCUGCGCCAGGGCCCAGAGCCCUGAGGAGGGGUGUGGGGGGGAUCUUAGCACCGAACCCUUCUGUGCUGAAGCGCGGGUGUUUCCUAUAUGCAGGGGUGACUGGGACUUUCCCCCAGGACUCAGGGGAAGAGGGAGCUGUAAGGGGCUCUUUUUUAAUAAGCUGAAGCUCUCAAAAGGAAGAGGGCACCAAAAGUAGUGGAGCUCAGGUAUGUCAACCUAGUUGCUGUGGCCAGAAAUGCAUUUAAUUUAUAGAUCCCUGUAUAUAGUUAUUGACAUAUGCACUAGCAGCU